CUUAUCCAUUACUCCAAAUCAGAGUGAGAGAACUGAGAAGGCAGAGAGAGAUUGAGAGAUGGGUCCUUCAUCACUCUGCACCCCCAUUUCCUCCACUUCUCACACCCUUCUGAAAGUCGGUCGGAAUCCUCUGCUGGGUACCGCCCUUCCUUCAAAUUCAAAUCCCCGUUCCCAUGUUAAGAGAGUUUCUUUGACUACAAGAGCUUUGCUUUCAUCUACUAAAGAAUCAGUCUUGAAGGAUUUUCAUGAACGACGAGCUCUCAAGAUCAUUGCAGGCUUGCAGAAUUUUGAUAGAGAUAAUGUUGCAUCUGUUGUUACUGCCGCAGAUAAGGGGGGAGCAACUCAUGUUGAUAUAGCCUGUGACCCUGAGUUGGUAAAGCUUGCUGUUAACUUGACUUCUCUUCCGAUCUGUGUUUCUUCAGUAGAUCCAGAAGCAUUUCCUGCUGCUGUUGAAGCAGGAGCCAUGAUGGUGGAGAUUGGAAAUUAUGACUCUUUUUAUGAGAGGGACAUUUUUUUCUCUCCGGAACAGAUAUUAAAGCUAACAAAGGAGACAAAGAGGAUUCUUCCAUCCGUUACACUAUCAGUCACUGUGCCUCACACGCUAAGCCUUCCUGAUCAGGUCAAGCUAGCAGAGUUACUUGAACAGGAAGGUGUUGAUAUUAUCCAAACUGAGGGAGGAAAGUGUUCUAGUCCUUCGAAGGCUGGUGUUCUGGGUCUGAUUGAGAAGGCAACCCCAACACUUGCUGCUGCAUAUUCUAUUUCACAUGCAGUCAAAGUUCCUCUUAUGUGUUCAUCUGGACUUAGCGCAGUUACAGCACCAAUGGCCUUGACUGCAGGAGCAUCUGGCAUAGGUGUUGGUUCAGCAGUGAACAAGCUCAAUGAUGUGAUUGCAAUGAUUGCAGAAGUCAGAAGUAUCUCAGAUUCACUACACCAGCCAAUUGGUAGACAUACAACACCAGAAGAAACAACUGUUAGGAGGUCUUAAUGCAUACAUCAGUUCACAGUAGAAUUAAAAUGAAAAGCAGUGCCAUUGUUAUGAUGUGCAUAAAUAGAAAUGUUUCCUCUUGUACUUUUUUACCUUAGAGAUAUGUAAAUCUUCUUUAGUAUGUUAAACCCCAAGUAAAAAUUCUAUAAUGGUAAUGGUUAUAUGUCCCUUCAAUUUCUUCAAGCUUCA